AAAUGAGGGUUUAAGGACCAAAAUUCAGAUAUUGUUGUAUAAUCUGUAUAUCUAAACCCUACUGAGCUGGUGUGACCUUUGUUUCUCGAUUCCAAUGGAGAGGCUCCAAGAGAAUUGAUUGACGAAGAGCCUCAAUGAAGCUUUCUAGGGUUUCAGCUAACGUAAGGACUCAAAAACCCUAACUUUCUUUGUCAUUCCCAGUUUCAGUCCCUGAACUAGAAUUUACCAUCUUUGGAAUUUCAAUCAGAAAUGACAUGAGUCGGUGACUUUUCUAGUCUCCGAUGCAUCGACGCAUUCCACUAUUUGGUUAUCGAAUACUCACAAAUUCAUCGAUUUUUACACCAAGCACUAAGCCAUUGUUGUGUAGUAGAUCGAAUAUUGUGAUCCCUAGGGUUAAUGGGUUGGCUUUGUUUCGAGUUUUUAUGUUCACUUCAACCCACCACCGGAGAGUUCCGGAUCCCGAUGACCCGUCCACCUUGAUGAAGGAGGAUGGAGUCGCUGUAUGUUCUCAUAUGUGGAUUGAAAAUUUUCGAGAACCCGAUAAGACAGUGACUAAUUUGACCACUUAUUUACGUCGAUUUGAAUUGUGGGUUUUGGCUUAUCAGAAGGUUUGUGCUGAUGAGAUGGGUGCGUAUAUGCCCCGAAGCUCAAUACAGAGGUCGGCAUUGGAAGAUUUGUUAGCUCUCCGGAAUGCAGUUCUUGAUAAUAGGUUUAAAUGGGGAGCUAGGUUAGAGUUCUUUAUUAAGUCUCCGAGAGAUAAGACUUUGUAUGAAUCAUUGUCAAAGAGGAAAAUUAGGGCCAUUUUGACUACCACACAGCCAUCCCCAUUUCAAGAUCGGAUUGUUCAGGAGGUGAUGUUUAUGAUUUUGGAGCCGGUUUAUGAGGCUCGAUUUUCACAGAAAUCAUUUGCAUUUAGGCCCGGAAGGAAUGCCCACACUGUAUUGCGGGUCAUUAGAAGAAGUUUUGCGGGUUAUUUGUGGUAUAUAAAGGGUGAUUUGAGUACUGUCUUGGAUGGUAUGAAGGUAGGAAUGGUGAUAAGUGCUUUGAUGAGGGAUGUUAGGGAUAAGAAGGUGAUUGAUUUGAUAAAAGCAGCCUUGGUUACACCUGUGAUCACCACUCCACCUGGUGAAGGUGAGAAGAAGAAAAAGACGAAGAGGAAAUACCAGAAGAAGAGGGUGUUAGCUGAUGACGAACCGAAGCCUGACCCAUAUUGGUUAGAUACCUUUUUCGGGUUUGCACCUGAGGAGGCUGAGAAGGUUCCUUCUUGGGGACAUUGCGGGAUUCUUAGUCCCCUUUUGGCUAAUAUCUGUCUUGAUGAGUUGGACCGUUGGAUGGAAGGUAAGAUCAAGGAGUUCUUUCAGCCUUCAAAAAGUGAUGUCAUAUGGAAUAGUCCAGAUGGGGAAGUGGAACAGGGGAAUACAUCUUGGCCGGAAUUUGUUCCAACAAGUGGUCCAGAUAAGACCCGGAAGAUUGAUUACGUCCGUUUUGGGGGUCACAUUUUGAUUGGCGUUAGGGGACCCAGGGCCGAUGCAGCAACUCUGAGAAAGCAGUUAAUUGAGUUCUGUGAUCAGAAAUAUCUUCUGAAGCUUGACAAUGAGAGCCUCCCUAUUGAACACAUAACCAAGGGUAUAAUGUUUCUUGACCAUGUAUUGUGCCGGCGAGUUGUGUAUCCAACUCUUCGAUACACUGCAACUGGUGGAAAGAUCAUUAGUGAAAAGGGUGUGGGCACCCUUCUGUCAGUUACAGCAAGCUUGAAACAGUGCAUUAAACAAUUUAGGAAGUUGAGUUUUCUCAAGGGGGACAGAGAUCCAGAUCCACAGCCUUGUUUCAGAAUGUUUCAUGCCACUCAAGCACACACAAAUGCACAGAUGAACAAGUUCUUGUUGACAAUGGUUGAGUGGUAUCGGUAUGCUGACAAUCGGAAGAAGAUUGUAAAUUUUUGUUCUUACAUCAUAAGGGGUUCACUUGCAAAGCUCUAUGCUGCAAAAUACAAGCUUCGUUCACGGGCAAAAGUAUACAAGAUUGGUGCACGGAAUCUUGGUCGUCCUCUUAAGGAGAGAAAAGGUCAGUCACCAGAGUACCAUAAUUUGCUGAGGAUGGGUCUUGUUGAGUCAAUCGAUGGGCUUAUGUACACCCGAAUGUCUCUGGUACCGGAGACUGAUUACUCUCCUUUUCCCACUGGUUGGAGGCCUGAUCAUGAGAAAGCAUUACUUGAAUAUAUAAGUCUAGAUGAUCCAAAAUCUGUAGAGGAGCAACGAAGUUGCCUGAGAGAACAAGGUCUGAUUUCGCCUCAGGAUUACAUCUCAAUGCUUGUUUGGAACUACAAAAGGAAUGCUAUUGUAGUGGAUCAGCUUUCUACAACAGUGAGUGGUGGCAAUUACGUAGAAAGUGGAAAGCAGUUGUUGCUGGGAUCGAACGAUGAAAACAAUGAUAAAAUAACUAGAGACGAAGAAGACAGGGAAGAAAGGUGUCAUGUGGCACAAAUACUGCAGUAGCGAGUUGAUUGAAGUUGAAGACAUUAGAGGGAGAAGAGUAAGCCUAAAGGAACGUGCUUGCAGCUCAUGUAACACCCCAGCAGGUUGAAUGUUAAAAUCCAGUGGCCAUUAAAAUCUGUUUUUUGCUUGCAAACAUUGUGGAUACAUUGGCAGGGGGUUUGGAGUAAAUCCUUAUUAAGGCCAGAAGAUAUUCCAAUCCAAAUGCUGCUUUCAGCUGUAAAUUUGGAGACAAACUUCUCAGCAGACCGUGGUGGGGUCUUCUUCCUGUGAGAACGGUAAUGUAUCUGAAUCUAUCUUAAGUCGAAUUAUCAUGCUUUUUGAGUGGUGUUAGACUAUUUUCUUGGAGCUUGAUGUGAUCAUAUUUAUUAUGUCAUCAUCUAAAUCGGCGUCUGGAGGUGAUUUGUUCACUGUUGGCACUUUGUGACCCUUUAGCAAUUCACCUUACUUUUUUAAAAAGGGAAAAUAAAAUAAAAUUAAAUUAGUCAAUCUAGUACAACAGAGUGGAAUAUCAUUAUCUUGAGUUUUCUUUUCAAUUAUCAUCUUAAGAGGUUGAGGGGAUGUUGCUCUUCACAGCAAUUCUCUUUCAAGGUGAUAUAGUUCUCUUACAGUGAGAUCCAUAUUGUUGUGUUUUCAAUGAGCCUAUCCAACCUGCAAAGAGUUUUUGCGGUUAGUCUGAUACAUUCUCUCCUUCAACCUGGUUGGAU